GAGGAGGGGCCAGGGAUCCGUCCGUCCAGUGUGUGUUGCGCGGCGGCUCAGUGUGGAGGCGGCGAGGGAGAGAGAAAGGGGACGAGGCGCCCCGGGCUGGAACACAGGCUGUGGUUGGGACUAGAGAGACUCGGCAUUUGGUGGUAGUACCCGACUGACGGAAGAGAGUGGAAGGAAGGAAGAAAUAAGAGAGAAUACCCGAGGACGAGGUCGACCUUCAACCAUGGCUGCGAAGGAUGAUCAUGGCGAGGCGCUCAAGUAUGACCCCGAAUUCCGAGGUCCCAUCAAGGGCCGCUCCUGCACCGACAUCCUGUGCCUGCUGCUGUUCCUGGUGUUCCUGGUGGGGUGGGGCGUCGUCGCGGGCUUCGCUGCGACCAGCGGAGACCCUUCGAGACUGCUGUACCCAACAGACAGCUUCGGGCGCGUGUGCGGCAAGGACCCCGGACUGGAGGACAAGAAAUUCCUCUUCUUCUUUGACCUGACCAAGUGCGCCAGCCCCAAGGUCAUUGCCACCGGUUGCCCCACGCCUCAGGUGUGUGUGGAAAAAUGUCCAAGCAAGAAUUGGUUUUAUACGUCGGCAACAGCAGACAAGAAAGACCUCAUUUGCAAGGACACGGUUAACAUAACUCAAAUGACUGCUGACAAACUUGUUAAUGAGGGCCACUGUGCCAGGUACUAUGUGGAAAGCGAUGACCUUGCUCGUCGGUGCAUACCAAAGAACAUAUCGGCAGUUGCAGAACAAAUUUUCGACAGCUUUGCAGAAACAACACAGUUAAACAAAUUUGAGAAAGUCGAGUAUCUCGCAAAUGCCAUGAAAUAUGUAAUGAGAUUUGGUCAUCUGCAAGAGGUGGCAGACGGUGUGUUCCAAGACAUCAAAAUGACAUGGUGGAUCCUGCUGGCUGGCUUUGGUGUGGCGAUGGUGGUGUCCUUCAUCUGGAUCCUGCUCCUGCGCUUCAUCUCGGCUGUCAUGAUCUGGUUCUCUCUCGUUGCCUUCAUUGGCCUCUCUGGAUUUGGUGCCUAUUACACACUCAACAAGUACCUGACUCUGCGCAAUAUUGACAACUCUACCAUGACAAAAGCGGAAUUUGAGUUUACUACAGAGUUUAGCAAAUAUGCUGAAUUGGAGACCACGUGGCUCAUUCUGUUCAUCAUCACAGUCACAAUAUUCCUAGUGUGUUUGUUGGUGCUGAUCUUCCUGCGUAAACGCAUCAAUAUUGCCAUUGCUCUGAUUGGACAAGCCAGCAAGGCGGUUGGUGACAUCAUGUCAACGCUCUUCUUCCCAGUUGUACCAUACAUCUUGCAGCUUUUCUUCCUGGCAUUCUUCUGUGUGGUGGCUCUCUUCUUAUCAUCAGCAGGGAAGGCUGAGUACAGAGUCAUGUGCCCAGGCAAUGUUUGUGUUGGCUGCAGCGGUGUUACAGAAAAUGCCACGUGUAAUUUUGAAACCUUUGAUAACUCUUCUUGCCCUGGAGCGAUGUGCCAGUUUUAUGACUAUUAUGUAGAUCCUAACAUACCUCGCCUUCAUAUCUACAAUGUGUUUGGCCUGUUUUGGUCCAUGUUCUUUAUUUCUGCCUUCGGAGAAAUGGUGUUGGCUGGAGCCUUUGCCUCGUGGUACUGGGCUUUUGACAAAUCAAAGGACGUGCCUUCAUUGCCGGUAACUUACAGCUUCGGAAGGACUCUAAGAUACCACAUUGGAACUAUUGCCUUUGGUUCGCUAAUCAUUGCAAUUGUCAGAAUGAUAAGAGUGAUUUUAGAGUACAUUGACUACAAAGUAAAACAGCAAACGGAUAGUAAGAUUGUACGCUGCCUUCUUUGUUGCUGCCGUUGCUGUCUCUGGUGUCUGGAGAAGUUCCUCAAGUUCAUCAAUAGAAAUGCCUAUGUGUAUUGUGCCAUUUAUGGAAAGAAUUUCUGUGUCUCAGCAAAGAAUGCCUUCUCUCUUAUUAUGAGAAAUAUUGCAAGAGUCGUUGUAUUGGACAAGGUAACAGACUUCUUACUCUUCAUUGGCAAGAUGGUGGUUGUUGGCGGGGUUGCUGUGGCCUCCUUCUUUAUAUUCAGCGGUGAAGUACCGGUCUUCAAGGAUCACAUUCCACAGAUGAAUUACUACCUCACUCCUGUCAUCAUCAUUACUGUCGGCACAUUCUUUAUUGCCUCGGCCUUCUUCUCUGUCUAUUCUAUGGCUGUAGAUACCUUAUUCCUCUCUUUCCUGGAGGACUGUGAGAGAAACGAUGGAUCAGCAGAAAAGCCUUAUUUCAUGAGCAAAGAUCUAAUGAGGAUCUUGGAAAAGAAGAACAAAUUUAAGGAGGAAUGAUUUUUUUCCUUCUCAUUUUUUAAAAAUCUAAUGAUAUAGUUUUGAUUUCUUGACUCUGAUUAAAAGAUAUAUGUAUGUAUGGAGAUUUUUCUCAUAAGAAAGUGUUUUUAAAGACUGAAAGUGACUAGUCAUAACAAAAGUGUGCGAUUGGAAGAAGCAAGGAAGGUAUGAAGAUGUGCAUCUCAUUCCUCAAACUUGAUUGAUGUUAAAAAAAAAUCUUUUAGUUAAUAUUUACCUCUCUUUGGAUAGCAGGCAUUUGCUGUGAUUUAUAAUGCUGGAAGAGAGAUGCUCAGUUAAUUUUGUGAUCAGAGUUCAUGAUUUAUGGAAAGGAAACAAGUUUGGUGUUCAGUGAUAGAACCAGAAUUAUAUUAUUAAAUGUGAAUAACUUGAAUAUAUAGAGUUUGCCUUUCAUGGUGGUUUAAGGCACAAGAGGCCAAUUUCAGGAUAAUUUGAGUGAUGACAUGUAUGGUCACUGAGCUAUAAUUGUGCAGUAGUUUUUGUUAUUGUAAUUUUAGAACUAUACACAGUUGUAUAUGUUUUCUUAUUUUUUUGUAAUAAAAUCUUGAAUAUAUUCCUAUACAAGAUCUGUUUUUAUAUUCUUUUUUUUAUCUGGUUCUUAAUUAUACCCAUCUGCCAUAGCAACAGUUUAAGGAAUAACAUAUAUCCAUCUUAUUUCAUAUUUACAGCUCUGUCAAAGAGCAUCAAUAUCAUUUGUUUUUAAUUUAUUUCAGAAAGUGUUUAUUUGGCAUCAUCCACGACAAAACUUGUUUUUUUUUCUGGGAGAAGUACAUUAAUGUUGCUCUGCUUCCGAUACAUUUUGUUUAUCUAUGAAUGAUACAGUUACAUGACUCUGAAUUUUACAUGAUGUCACAGUUGUUAAACAGCUACCAGUCUACUUCCACCUUAAUGCAUGUGUGUGACAUUUUCUCACAUGAUUUACUUCCAAGUAGCUUCAGUAGCAAGAAACAACUAGUCAUUUGGUCCAUGUUUGUAUUGUGGUUAUUGAUAAACAUCUUUCAUAACACA